AUGAGUCAAUUUAGAAUAAUCGCGAAAAAUUUUUCAAGUUCAUCUGCUGUUCAAAAUGCAAUCAAGAAUGUAACUAUUAUCGGUGGCGGUUUGAUGGGAUCUGGCAUCGCUCAGGUAUCCGCGCAAGCCGGUCAAAACGUAAUCCUCGUAGACGUCAGCAGCGAUGUCUUGGAAAAGGCCCAGAAAUCCAUUACGGCGAACCUCGGCCGUGUGGCCAAGAAAAUCUACAAGGAUAACCCUGCGGAAGGCGAGAAGUUUGUAAAAGAUUCGUUGGCUAAGAUUAAGACGUCGACAGACCCAGUGGCUGCUUCGAAAUCUGCUGAUCUAGUUGUAGAAGCCAUAGUUGAGAAUCUUGGUAUCAAACAUGAGCUUUUCAAGAAAUUGGAUGCUGCUGCUCCCCCUCAUGCAAUCUUAGCUUCAAAUACGUCUUCUCUGUCAAUCAACAAAAUCUUCUCUGUUGUUAGCAGAAAGGACAAAAUUGGUGGUCUCCAUUUCUUCAACCCAGUACCAGUAAUGCGUCUUCUGGAAGUUGUUCGCGGCGCUGAGACUUCAGAAGGGACAUACCAGACAAUGAUGGCGUGGGGCAAGUCCGUCGGCAAAACUUGCAUCACCUGCAAGGAUACUCCUGGAUUCGUCGUCAACAGACUGCUGGUGCCUUAUAUUGCUGAAGCUGUUAGGUUGUUGGAGAGAGGAGAUGCAUCAGCUCGCGACAUCGAUAUUGCAAUGAAAUUAGGUGCUGGGUACCCAAUGGGUCCCCUUGAACUUGCUGAUUAUGUGGGUCUGGACACCAAUAAAUUCAUCCUGGACGGAUGGCACCAGGACUAUCCUGACCAGCCCCUCUUCAACCCGAUUCCUCUUUUGAACAAACUUGUAUCUGAAGGGAAACUCGGAGUGAAGUCCGGUGAGGGUUUCUACAAGUAUGAGAAGAAAUGAAAUGGGUAGUCAUUUUUGUUUUGUAAGAAUCAUGCUUUAUCGUAGAAAUGUAAGUAGAAUUACGUAACGUGUUUGAGAUAUUAUCUAUAUUUUGAUAUUACAUGUUUAUUAUCUUUGCCUGUUUAUCGUUUUUUUUACGC